AUGAAUCGGGGGAAAAAAAUUGUGGCUUUGGUUUCUGAGGCUUGUAACUCACAGGAUAGACCUGAAAAAGUAGCUCCUAAGUUAAAUUAUGAUCCAAAUAAAGUAGUACACGUUUUGGAAGAUAUUCAGUUACAGUAUUUAAAAUCAAGAAAGUCUAUACCAGAACCUUCAAAUUCAGUUGCUGACAAAACUUAUUAUGAGAUAAAUGACAAUAUCAAUAUAACAUCACUGACUGAUCUAGAUCUACCAAAUACUUUUAUUACAGAAAAUAUAAAUCAUACAAUUUGUUCUGACAUUACAUUUCCCAAUACUACAUUCAAUGACGUGCCUUUAGACGAUAAAUUGUUGUCCACGGUUUAUGAUAUUCACAACACUUUCACGACAGACGAGAAUUUGAUUAUAAUACCAUCACAAAUUGAAAUAGAAUCACAAUCAACAAAUAUUUUGAUCUCAGACAACAUACACAAUUCCGAUGCGGAUACUAUUCAAACAUUAGGUAAUAUAAUAUCUCACGAAACAAUUACUAGUUCUUUAGAAAUUAUCAACUCAUGUUGA